UCGAUUACAAUCUUCGACUUUCUCCACGCGUGAGUACGUGUGUAACAGAAAGAUAUAAAAUGGAGAAAAUGCAUUAAAGAGUCCUGUAUUUGUUAGUUUUAAAAAGAAACUUAUAAAUAAAUAAAGAUGGCGCAACUGCACAGUGAAAACAUAGUGAAGGAAACAGAAGAGAUCAGAAGGAAGAAGAGAAACAAGAUGAGGAGGCAGAGGGUGGUUGCUGAUAAAAACCAGCAGGUUAAUAUUCACCACAGUGAACAGAAUGAAGUGAAGAAAAAGAAGAAACAUAAAAAUCAGGUAACAGCCAAAGUUACAAAUGGAGGGGAGCCUUCCAGCUUUACAGGUGUCAAAGAUGGAGUGAACAAGAAGAAAGGAGAGCCUGAGACACCCAUGAAAAAGAAGAGAAAAUUGGAAGAGAAUGAUGAAACAAAGCCAAAGAAAAAGAGGCUGUCUGGCGCAGAGUCUGGUGGCCAUACUGGUGCUGAUCAUUCCAAGAUGACAGCUGAAAACUCUGUACACAAUGUGAAAAAGAAUAAAAAAAAGAAAUCGAAGAUUAAUAUGACAGGCUACACUUGUGAGGAAGUAGGAAGUGGGAAAAGUAAGAAUGAAAGUAUGGCUUUGAGGAAAGGAGGUGCCAAGGCUGAGAAAGGGGGAGAACAUGGCACCAAGAAGAGUAGGAAAAAUAAGGGGAAAGCUCUGAUGAACAUCUCCACUGAGACUGUUUGUGCUGAAGAAGGGGCAAAGGCCAAAGAAGGAGCUAGAAGAAACAAGGGUAUGAAGAAGAAGAAGAAAAAGAAGGAGGCUGAAGACAGUGAGGAGAUUAAGGUGGAGGAGAAUAAAAUGAAGAAUGCUGACAUGGGGGUGCUAGAUGUGAGCUCAACCCUGAUGACUAAGAAGGUGGAGAAGAAGAAGAAGAAGAAGUGGAAGGCUGUGGAGGCUGGAGCACAGCAAGCGACAAGGAAAAGUGAAGGAGAGGGGAAGGAAAAAAAGAAGAAAGCUGCAGUUUCAGAAACAAAGCCUGGUGUGGAUAUAAAGAAAGAGAAAACUGAAAAUAGAGAGAGGACUGCAGGAGGGGAAGGAACUUGCAUGAAGAUCCUGACUGGGACAGAGAAGGUGCGGGAAUAUGAUGAGGGCAGCACCAAGAAAAAGAAGAAGGUGAAGAUUGAGAUUUUGGGUGUUUCUGAUGCUGGGAGAGGAAAGGAGAAUGAGGAUGGGUACAAAAGGAAUAAAGGAAUAAAGACAACUGAGGAUGGGAGGAAAAAGAGGAAGAGGAAGGGGGAGAAGGCAGAGGCUAAAGAGGAGAACAUUCGUUUGAAUGAGGCCAUCAAGGAAGAAGAGGGGGGACCGAAGAAGAAAAAGAAAAUGGCGAAAUUGACCGUAAAUGAAGGGCUCCCCAGUGACAAAGAAGUGGUAUCAAUAGAGAAGAAAAGGGAGAAGAAGAGCAGAGUCUUGGAGAAUGGGAACAAAACGAAGAAGGAGAAGGUCAAAAAGAAGGAGCUUGUAGAAGGACAGGAGGUGAUUGCUGCACUGAGGAAUGAUGUGAGCUUUUCGAAGACUGGAAAGGUGAAGAAGAUGAGGAAGAAGCAGUCUGAGGAGGAUGAAGUGGUUCCAGAAAAUGGCACAAGGAAGAACGAGGAAGAAGGAGCCAACAAUUCUGUGCCGCUGACAAAGAAGAAGAAGAAGAAGAAAAGCAAGGAGAAAAAUGGCCAGCAGGACCAAGACCUUAAGAAGAGAAAAAAGCACAAGGGGUACCCUGCAGAGGAGAAGGCGGCAGCAAAGGGGAAGAAAGUCAAGGUGGAGCAGACGGGCUUUGAGUCAGAAGAGAGCCUGGCCCAGACAGAUGUGGUGUUUCUGUCCGAAAAGAUGGGGAAUAAAGAUGAAGUCCAUAUCGACCGGGCACGUCGAGAAGCCCUACAGAGGGAAAUAGACCGCGCAUCCUCUCCCAGCAAUUCCUCAAACUUUGGCCAGUGGGGAACUGCACACUUUGACAGUCCCAGCCAGCAACAGAAGUUUCUGCGACUGAUGGGUGGCUUCAAAAAUGGCAGUACGCCAGUGGCAUCCAGCAGUGGACGGGGCAACAUGGCACUUGGGAAGGACAGUCAGCAGCAUUUGCAGCAGGAGCUCCUAGGAGAGUUUGAGCGUGCACAGAACCGACGGAUGAACUUCCAGAAUAAAGGGGCAGGCCUUGGAUUCACAGCUCCAUCAAGCAAGAAGUUCUUCAUUGAUGUCAGUGCUUCCCGCUCGAUAAAAUUUGAAUAUUAAUUCAAAACAUAUCCAGUCAGAUAUGUUAUUAGAUGCCUUAUCUGGACAUGGCUCUGGCGAAGAUCCUGGAGAAUCAGUUACUGGCUUGGGUGGAGAAUGGAC